AUGUCAACAGCAGCUGCCCGUCAUUAUGUUUAUCCUUCCAACCUCGCCGGCCUUUGUGGAGUGGGAAUUCCUUUCCUCCGACUUUUGUCCUCCCGACCGACCCAAUCUCUUCUUCAUCCGCUCACCACCAUCCUCUUAGUCCACCACCCUGGCCAUCGUCACACCCGCACGCACAGUGGCCACCUCUCUCCACCUUGA